AUGUCCACUCCGGCCUUCUACUCCGGAUCCGGUAUCAUAGUCGGCGAAGUCAUUCCCGCCGUUAAGAAUGAGAUCUCUAGUCCGCCGUCGUCAUCAAGUGCUCUUGUUAUCAAUCGUCGUCCUUGCCACGGCUGUUCGUCAUCAUCGUUGGUCGAAGAUUUCGUUGCGGCGUCGCCUUGCAUCGAGGCACCUUCGCGUCAUGUCCAGCAACGAUGGCCUUGUCAUCAAUCGCGCGGACUUGGCCGUCUCCAGAUCGCUAGUCAAAGUCCAUUAUUGCUUGGGUCAGCGGGGAUCUCUUCAUCAAGGGUUGGUGAGUUCAUGAGUAAAUACACUACUGGGAAAGUUCCAAAAGCAUUCAGAAAGAUCACUACCAUGCACAACUGGGAAGAUGUCUUACACCUGACUGAGCCUGAGAAAUGGUCACCAAAUGGGAUGUAUCAAGCGACAAGGAUCAUGGCUUCAAACUUGGAUGCGAAGAAGGCCGAGCGGGCUGUGAGGUGCUUUUCGAGACUAAUAUUUGUUCCCCACUCUGCAUCAUGUUUGCAGUCAGGCACAUGCAAUCUUAGAGAAGCAGUCAUUGUUGGAAGUGUUAUUCAAGAGGUCACCAUUCCUGCGCUUCAUUCCGGGUAUCCCAUCCAUUUUCCUGAGACAAUUUCAUCUGUCACAAGCCUUGAAGAAUAA